AUGAUCUUGUUUGAUGGAACUAACACAGAGGAGUGGAUUUUAAAUAUAGAAAGGUCAUUCUGCUCAUAUGAAGAUGAAGAAACAAUGGAAGUUGCGGUGGGGGCUCUAGCGGGCGGCACCCUACUGUGGUAUGAAUGGGAGCAUAGGAGGCGGCCCAUACGAGAUUGGGAGGAGCUGAAGGGAUUGAUCCGUUGCCGAUUUGGAUCCUCACAGCAAUCGCCGAUCUUUCUUCUCAAAGAGAAGACGGAGCAUAAGACGAUUCCGUUAAAAGAAGUAACGGAGGAGGGAUACCUAGGUCAUCGAAGAAAUGGGCUGGAAAGCAAGGAAUGGGUCGAAUUUGGCAAGUUGGGCCUACAUGCUUGGGAUCAGACUAUUAAGGCGGAUAAGAAGUCAAGCUUCGCCCCAACAGCUUUGGAGUCGACAGCAUCAGUUUCUUCCAAUUUCACCCCCAAAACCCUAGGGUUAAAUAUUGAACGUCUGUCUUCCACCAACUUCGCCACAGCCCUGAAGGCUAAUUCCAAUAACAACAGUAAAUCGGUUCUCAGAGCUUGUUUAGGGCCAACACCAACAAUAAUGCCCAAGCCUCCAAGGCUGUUUGUAUGUGAAGAAAAUCGUGUCAAGAUGGACGUCACUAUACCCCCUCAUUCUAAAUCCAGGUAUAAGGAAAUCAUGAUGGAAGUGGGAUACAAGCAUGACAAAAUCUCAUUGGUCCCAAGCUCUCGAUUUGAAGAUAACAACACCAAUGAGAGGUCAACCAACCUUCAUUGGUACAAAGGACCAACCCUUCUUGAAGCACUUGAUCAGAGCAGAAAGCUUAAAGAAACCACCGGACAAACCACUCCGUCUACCACUUCCAAAGGUCUACAAGGUUGUUGGUAUUGGAACCGUACCAGUGGGACGUUAUAG